AUGUCAGUGGCCAAACAAGGCAUCGAGUUAACAAAGUUAACACGUUUUCUCCAACAAUACUGCACAACUCAUCUCGCCGAUACUUGGGAUAAUGUUGGGCUUCUUGUGGAACCCUCACCACCACACUUAGUAGACAAAAUACUUGUCACAAAUGACUUGACCGAACCAGUUCUUGCGGAAGCUAUCCGUAACCAGGCUCGGCUGAUACUUUCAUAUCAUCCUCCCAUUUUCACUCCAUUCAAGCGACUGACACAAUUUAGCUGGAAGGAACGGAUUGUGAUACGGUGUUUAGAAAACAGAAUUGCCGUGUUCUCACCACACACUGGAUUGGAUGCAAAAGACGGAGGCAUAAAUGACUGGCUACUCAGUCCUUUCGCCUUUGAGCGCAUUCAGUCCGUCAUACCCGCAGUACGUCGCUCUGAAUCUUAUGUCUAUCUACGCGUACCGUUUACUCACAAUUUCGGACAGUUUUGCAUGACUGUUCCCGUGACCGGAAUCCAAACAGACAUCCCCAGUGCUCACGGACGAGUGGCAGAAGUAAAAUGUCCGGUUGAGCACGUGAGUGCAGCUUUGCAACAGUUGCAAUUACUGGGGAUCCCCGUCUUGGACCAAGGGCCUGGAGCUGAAACUGACACUUGUAAAGAAGGUUAUGGACGCGUUGGAUACCUCAAGUCACCUUUGAAACUUUCUGACGUGAUAUCCCAGUACAAAACACUAUUCUGCAGUGAUCAACUUCUGGUUGCCUUUGGGAAUGGGAAGACGUUAGAUGAUACAGUGCGUACAAUUGGUGUUUGUGCCGGUUCGGGUGGUUCGGUGUUUCGUGAGGAACGAACGAGUUUCGCAGACCUGCUCGUCACCGGUGAGCUGUCACACCACGAACGUCUUGAUGCAGUCGCGAGGGGUACCACCGUAAUUUUGGCUGGUCACUCAGUUACGGAACGUGGUUUCCUUUCUAGUCAACUUAUCCCCGACCUACGGGCUCUCCUGAGGAACGCUUCUGCUUUCGGAGAUACUAAUUCAGAAUGCCAGGUGUCAAUUGUUAUGGCCUCGACUGACGAGGAACCCGGUGCUGUAGUCUGAUAGUCUUUUCCUUGUUUUGCGAAUAAAUACUUUUUCC